CUCGUGAACCGGAAGUGUCGAUCCCGUAUCCUGGAGCUGGUUGUGUACAGAGCGGCCUUCAGCAGACGAUAAAUACUCAAAGAUGAACACCCGCGGUCUCCGGUCCCAGCUGAAGGACAGCGUCCCGGUGACGGGUCUGUGUCCGCAGGCCGGAGCGUACGGAGUCCCCGACACGCUUCGAAAAGGCUUUAGCAGUGUGAAGAAUGAGCUAAUCCCGAGUCACCCUCUGGAGCUGUCAGAGAAGAACUUUCAGCUGAACCAGGACAAGAUGAACUUCUCCACCCUCAGGAACAUCCAGGGCCUCCACGCACCCCUCAAGCUACAGAUGGAGUACAGGGCAGCGAAACAGAUCCAACGACUGCCUUUCCUUCAGAGUUCCAACAUCGCCCUGGACACGCUCCGAGGGGGUGACGACAGCAUCGGGUUCGAGGACAUCCUCAACGAUCCGGCACAGAGCGAGAUCAUGGGAGAGCCACACAUCAUGGUGGAGCACAAAAUGGGUCUACUCUGAGUGUGUCGGCCUGGGCUGUCUGCCUGCUCUUUCUCCGCUGUGUGUGUGCGUGCGCGCGCAAGUGUGUGUGUGCGCGCGCAGCAUCGUGCCACCACAGUCCGGGAGCGCACACCACACAUGGUUUUGUAUGGUUAGAUUUCCUGUGUUUCUAAUAAAAACCCCAUCCUUCAUGCUGUUGUCUCACAUGUGUAAGAGGCGUGUAUCUUUUUUUUCCCUUUUUAAGUUGUGCUGAGUGUCAGAUCAACCCUAUUGCAGUGUGGGCUUGUAACAGGAAAAUAAAAUAUAUGCAGCUUGUGUUCCGUACUCAUGUAUGCAGUCUGUCUGUGGAUAGAAGUCCCCAUGCUUCCAGCUGUGUAGUAGGGAGUGCUUCACCCUGUCACAGAAAUAACAACCC